CGUUACAAGUAUGAGCAACUUUGGGUACCACAAACAGCUUGGCAAGUAUGAGGACAUCGAUGAAGAUGAACUUCUGGCCUCCCUGACAAAUGAAGAAAUCCAGGAGCUGGAGAAGGUUAUGGCUGAAAUAGAACCUGAUACGAACAUACCCACUGGGUUAAGGCAAGAGGACCAGACGGCCAAGCAGCCAACAGGCACUUUUUGCCGAGAGGCUCUGCUGAAGUACUGGGAGGACGAGACUCACAGAAUGCUCGAGGACAGCAUGGAUGAGUGCCAGACAGAUAAGAGCGAAGAGGAAUGUGGCAGUGAAGAGCCUGAGGAUAAUGAAGAGGAGAGAGAGCAAGAAAAUUGGGGGCUCAAAACAGGGGGAGAUGGGGAGAAAGAAGCUAGGUCAAGCAACAGGAAUUUUGUGGACUUGUCCAGAUUAGAUUGCAAGAGGCAUGGUAAUAGUGGUCAAAAACAUAAAGCCAUCCAUAAAGGUGCCCUUCAUCAUCACGUUACACCAGAGAGGCCAAGUGGUAACCCCACUGAUAUUGUUAAGACCUUGGAAAACAUUUUGAGUAACGACACCUCCAUGAAUGAAGUCAACCUCAACAACAUUGAGAACAUAUCCCAAGAUGUUUUGGUGAGCUUUGCUGAUGCAUUAAUCUCCAACACUUACGUUGAGGUUUUCAGCCUUGCCAACACCCAUGCGGACGACCAAGUAGCUUUUGCCUUGGCCAAAAUGCUAAAGAAGAACUGCAGCAUCACCAACCUUAAUGUUGAGUCCAACUUUAUUUCAGGCAAAGGUAUCUUAGCUUUGACUGGUGCACUUCAGUACAACACAACACUGGUGGAGCUCCGAUUCCACAACCAGCGGCACAUCUGUGGAGGCCAAGUGGAGAUGGAAAUGGUCAAAUUGCUAAGAGACAACACCACCCUGUUGAAACUGGGAUACCACUUUGACUUACCUGGUCCAAGGAUGAGCGCAACUGGGAUUUUAACCCGCAACCAGGACCGCCAGAGGCAAAUGCGACUGCAACAAAGGAAAGAACAAGACAAUCUAGAAAGACGUGAGGAACAAUCCAAGACAUGGGAUACUGUGGACAGUACUCUUCAGAUCCAGAUUUCAACAGACAAAGAUCCUACACAAGGGAAGCAACACUUGGUCUCUACUCAUUUACCAAAACAUCCUCACAGUCAACCAAAAGUUGUGAAUAAUGUGCCAUCUAGAGAAAUCGCUGAAAUGGUCAAGAAACAAGAAGAAACAGCCAUGGAUAGCGUUGUUCGAAACCAGACUAAUGCAAAUAAAGGACUCAAACUCACAGAGGACAACCAUGGCAAGAGCAUUUUUCAAAAUGAAAAAACAGUAGUUUGGAGAAGAAAAGAUGAAAGAAAGAGUCCGGAAGGCACCCAGGGGUCAACCCGUGAUAAUCUGUUGGCAGCUAUUCGUAGAAGCAGCAUUGGUACACUACGAAGGGUAAGACAUUUAGCAUUUGUCCAGGACAUGACAAAAUAAGUAAGUCUUUAAAUUCAGUGCUCAAAUUUGUAAUUCACAAAACAAUAUUACUGAACUGUAUAGAUACUUCCAAAUUAAGGCUUUGGUAAACACCAACCAUGUGAACCGAUUGUAAUAACGGUUUCUUCUUUUUUCUUGCAGGUCACCAAUAAUCAUCGUUCCUGAGGUAGGCCUAUAAGAGGCUCAUAUAAAAUUAAUCUUUAAAACAAAUAACACAAAUUCAAACUUUUGUUUUCUUGUCUCUUAAUUCUUAGUUUGAACCAUGGCCGUUACCAGGGUUUUAAAAUGAGUGAGGUCUGGGGUGGGAAAGAAUUUUUAAGAAUUGUGUUUUAAUAACCCCUACAAAUACAACUUGUUAUAUACACUAAAUACUUUAAAAGAGACAGACAUGUAGAUGUUUUCUCUGUUUUGGAGGGAUGAACAAUGUUAAACCAUACCAUUUUUAUUGUUCAUACUUUACUAUAAGUUAGGGGUGGAUCAUUUUAUUCAUGCAACAAUACAUAUUGCGGUUAUAGGUUUCAUUAAUAACAUUGCUAUUCAGAUGUUAACUUUGUCUAGUGCUCUUAUGAUUUUUUUAGCAUGAUUUUGUGGAAAUUUAACUACUGUUCGAAUGUUUGCAUAUUUAAUUUCAUUUUGUAACCUACUAGCGCUACAGAUCUGUGUACUAAUGUUAAAUGCAUCCGUUCUUACUAGUGUUGAUAACGAUUUGUCUUCACGAAUGUUGUCUGCUGUCAGCAAUAAUUGUCUGUGGGCUUUUUAAAGUACUGUCAGUUUAAGCGCCGGCAAUCAGUAUUGUCAGAUAUUGAUAAUGAAAAUGAAUUAAAAAAAAAAUAGUUAAAAUAAUUAGUUAUAAAGCAGACAUCACUGCCCCUUAACUGCAACUUCCCACUUUAUUAACUUUCUAAAGUGUCAAAAAAGUGCCAAAGAUGCUUAUAAUAGCUGGAUCUUAACAGUGUAAGCUCAUUUUACGCCUUACACACCUUCAGAAACAUAAAUAUGACUUACUUAUAUGAGAAAUUUCAAAUCCAAAAACAAUAAAGCUGAUUUACUUUGAAAGCUGACUGCCAUAAUUUAGACUCCAACGUAUCCGUCAUGCAACUAGUUGAGGUUCAUCCCAUUUAAUCCAGUAAUUUCAGCCACCCAAGAUGUACACGUAUGCAAGACGUAUUUAUAGAAGUUGGAAAAGCUAGAAGUUAGAAUACACACGCAUAGCAAAAAUGCAGGUUACUAAAAAGAAAAGCACAAUCUCUCAGGUU